CCAAAAGAGAAACAAUUGAAACAAAAUAAGCCCAUUGUAAUAUAAUAUUAAUUCAAAUUUUGCCCAAGGUUUAAUUACUAAACAUUGUUCAUAGUCCCUCCUUUUUCUUUUUUUCUAUGUCCUUUCCUUUAUUUUGAUGUCACCCUUUAAAAAUUGUUCUUCCACUUCCACACUCAACACAAUUAUAGGACUUCACUUAGCACUAACACAAUGGAAAUAAACAAAAUACAAGCUCUUUAUGAUACUUGCCAUGUUUUGUUUUCUGAAGGAAGAGUUCCAAAUUUUCAACAAAUCCAUUACCUUAAAAAUAUGUUAGACAAUAUUGAAGCAAUAGAUGUAGGAAUCGACGAGUUCGGGUUUUGUGAUUCGCCUACAUCAGAUGCAAACGUUGAUAAUGGUAGCAUGAGAUUGCUUUGUGGGCAAAGUUUCUCUGAAAUAACAUACAUUCACAUUCACGAAUGCGACGAUGUGUCGAUAGGUGUGUUUUGUGUUCCAGCAGGAAAAGAAUUUCCUCUUCAUGAUCAUCCAGGAAUGACAGUGUUGAGCAAGAUUUUAUAUGGUUCUGUUUAUGUCAAAGCUUAUGAUUGGAUCAAUUUUGAUAGUACCAAAGGCCAAACAAUUGGAUUGGCGGGGAAGGUAAUAGAUGAAGUGAUGAAAGCACCACAUGAACCAUCGAUAUUAUUUCCAAGAAGUGGUGGAAAUAUUCAUUCUUUUAGAGCAUUGACUUCAUGUGCAAUACUUGAUGUGCUGUCUCCACCAUACUCUCAAGACUUUGAAAGACCCUCCACUUACUACUAUGACAUUCCUAUUCCUUAUCUUAAUGGUUAUUCAAUGCUUGAGGAGAAACCGUUGCCUGAUGAUUUAGUUGUUCAUGGAGCACCAUACCUUGGACCUUCAAUUGUAACCAUGUACGAUGAUUACCAUUUUAGUGAUCAAUUUGGUUAUGAAAAUCAUGUAUAAAUUAAGAGUGUGUGUAUGUAUAUGGUGUGUAGCAAUUAUUAGGAAACCAAGGUAAUUUGAAGUAAGAGUUAUUUUAGAAAUUAAUUACUUGUUUGUUAAAUUUGGUCGUUAGGCUUGAUGGACUAAGAUGCAUUAGUGUGUGCGCGCAUGUUGAUUUAAAGAAAUAAGUGUGCGAUGAGUUACCUCCUUAAAUAUCUAAUUUGAAUUAAAUAAAUUUACAUUUUUUUAUAAGCAAAAUAUAUUAAAUAUUAAAUGAGAGCACAAGAGAUAAUUUUAAAAACUAAUUUUUA